GUCACUAUAGCGAUAGAAUUUCUCGAGGCUGUAGAGCCGUUACGAUCUCUGAUUGGUCUAUCACUUUGUCAGUUAACGAAACGGUGGGCGGGCUGAUCUUAAUUUCCGGUUGUCCGGUAGGGGUUGGGCUUGUGCCUAGGCCGAAAAAAAGGAAGGGUUUUUUUUUGCGGUUGUUGCAGGUUUUUGCUUCGGUGGAAGCUGUUUAAAUUGACACCAAAAUGGGAACUAGAGACGAUGAAUACGAUUACCUCUUUAAAGUUGUGCUGAUUGGGGACUCCGGGGUUGGAAAGAGCAACCUCCUGUCGAGGUUCACGCGCAACGAGUUUAAUCUGGAAAGUAAAAGCACCAUUGGAGUUGAGUUUGCCACCAGGAGUAUCCAGGUAGAUGGAAAGACAAUUAAAGCACAGAUCUGGGACACAGCAGGACAGGAGCGAUACCGUGCUAUCACUUCAGCGUACUACCGUGGAGCUGUAGGUGCCCUGCUGGUGUACGAUAUUGCCAAACAUCUAACAUACGAGAAUGUGGAGCGGUGGCUGAAGGAAUUGCGUGACCAUGCUGACAACAAUAUUGUCAUCAUGCUGGUUGGAAACAAGAGUGACCUUCGUCAUCUGAGAGCUGUGCCAACAGAUGAGGCACGGGCCUUUGCUGAAAAGAACAAUCUUUCAUUUAUUGAAACAUCUGCACUGGAUUCAACGAAUGUAGAGGAAGCAUUUAAAAAUAUUCUUACAGAAAUUUACCGUAUAGUUUCGCAGAAGCAGAUUUCUGAUCGAUCAGCUCAUGACGAAUCGCCUGGUAACAACGUGGUAGACAUCAGUGUUCCACCAACAACUGAUGGGCAAAAAUCCAAUAAACUGCAGUGUUGCCAGAAUAUGUGAUAUGCUUCAGCUACCCCCACCCCAAAUCCCAACUCUUUCUUGGCUGUGCAUUGUAGUGUUGUAAUUGCUUCUGUCUUGUCCUGUGGUUGAUGAAAUCCUGUCCAAAAGUUGUAACAGUAAAGUUCACAUUCCUUUUUGCAGAUGGAAUAUCCCUUUUAAUGUGACUACAUUGCAUGUGCAUCUGUUCUUUUGCUUGUAAUUAUGAAAACAUUCAAGACUAUGUUGAGCAAUACUUUAUGUACAUAUUUUUUUUAAAGACAAAGGAAACACAUGCCCCUUCUACAUAUUUCAUGAGCAAGUUUGAGCUUGUGCAUAUUUAUGCUUCUGUCAUUGAGAGUUUCAGUAUGAAAAGAUCCAGACUGCAACAUGUUCAAACUGUGGAACAUCUUUUUUUUAUAUAGCUAUGGAGGCCUUUAUAUUCCUGUCAAAAUAUUUAUAUCUUCUGCUUUUGAAUCUUUUCAAAAGAAAGCUAUUUCUCCUAUUUCAUGCAGCUAUCAGUAAUGAGAUCUAUUGAUUAUAACUAAAUUGUAGCCUAUCUGCUGCAUCUUAGUGUAGCUACACAACCCUGAGUGCUGCUUUGCCCUGAGUAGUUAGUAGCCAAGUACAUUAAAAGCUGACAUUCCUGAAGCAUGUAAAUAUCCAUAAAGCCUGUCAGCAAUUCCACCUUGCAUUUGCCUGGUCAGGUCGGAAGAAAAAAAAACUUGUUGGCAUGAGGAUUGAAUGAGAAGUAUCUUGUUGGGAAGAAAGUAGUUUCCAAUUGGAUUUGGACAGAUUUUCUUUUAAAUCAUGCACAUAUUUCAUAUUUGGCUGAUUCAGCUUGUCUUCAGUUUCACUCAAGAAAAAUAUGGGCAUGACUACACCAAAUCCCUACCAACAGUGGUGUCUACAAUGUCAUUGCCCAUUUCUUAACAGAAGACUUCUACAAAAGGACUAUCAUCAUCUUGCUGUUUAGAUGGUGGUGUUUCCAAACACUCAUUUGAAAGUCUCACCAGCUUGGACCUGGGAAACACUGAUCACUUCAAUACCUUCUCCCACUGCUGUCCCCUUUCUCUUCUUUUGUCACCACCAACCUCCACUCCUCCCCCCCCCCCCCCCCCCCCCCCCAACUCCCCAGCAAAAAGAAAAUACCUAUGACUGACACAUUGAGUCAAAUGUUCUAAAUGAUUUAGAGCACACUUACUUCCAUGGCACUAAUGUCCUGUAUUCUGUUAAGCAAAUCCAUUUUGUAAAUAUGUAUUGUCACUUGAUUGUGCAUGGUUAUUAUGUAUGUGGAUAAACAUGUUGCCAAACUUCUCUGUGUGAGUCUCUGUUGCUGUACCACUAAUUUGACGGAGUUUAAAUUAAUUCAAGAGCAUAAAUGGAGUCAUUUAUGAGAAGCUACUGGAAUUCUGUGUUCUGUUUUUGAAAAUUUGAAGUAGUCUCACAUAGGACUUGUACCCAUUCACACUUUGAAAUGGGGUUAGUAAAGAAUUCCAUUUAUAAAGCAUCAACUUUGAUAACCCUCUGCAUUUUGGUACAUUGCAAAGUGCGAUGAAGUGAAAUGUGUGUGCCAAUAGAGCAAUCACUUUUCAUGCUUGGGAGUGUUAUGGAAACACACAACUGAGCACUUGGUGGCAAUGCAUCUCUGGGAAUUGAGGCAGUGAGAUAGUACAAUAAGCUGCAGUGAACAAAGGGUGUGGAAUCAGAAAUUCAACAUCUGUUCCAAAAUUUGUGGCUUUCUAUUUUCUACAUUUAGGCUCCAAUCAAAGGCCCGAAAAUUUAAUUAACCUUGCUUUGGAGAAAAUUUCAAACAAGUAGUUUUGUGUUGCAGGAAGCUUGUGUGGGAUUUUAAUUACUGUGGUUUUGGAUGCCUGCUGUCCACUAAUAUUGCACAUGGUUUCAGUUCCUAUUAAUAAAAGCAAAAUGCUGCCUUAAA